UUGCGUUCCUUGUUGACAGCUUCCCUCGUUAUAAAAGGCGUAUAACGCUAGCCCUAGCCUUCUCAUCGCCAGAGGUUAUAUCAAUUUUAUCGAUCCAAGUUUGUCAAACUUCUCUCCCAUUCAAGAUGCAAAUCUUUGUGAAAACCCUUACAGGCAAGACCAUCACCCUUGAGGUUGAGAGCUCUGACACUAUUGACAAUGUCAAGGCUAAGAUCCAAGACAAGGAAGGAAUCCCUCCCGACCAGCAAAGGCUUAUUUUUGCUGGCAAACAGCUUGAAGAUGGCCGAACCCUAGCUGACUAUAACAUCCAGAAGGAGUCCACCCUCCACUUGGUGCUUCGGCUCCGUGGUGGUAUGCAAAUCUUUGUCAAGACUCUCACAGGAAAGACUAUCACCUUGGAGGUUGAGAGCUCUGACACUAUUGAUAAUGUCAAGGCUAAGAUCCAAGACAAGGAAGGAAUCCCUCCUGACCAACAAAGGCUUAUUUUUGCUGGCAAACAGCUUGAAGAUGGCCGAACCCUAGCUGACUAUAACAUCCAGAAGGAGUCCACCCUCCAUUUGGUGCUUCGUCUUCGAGGUGGCAUGCAAAUCUUUGUCAAGACUCUCACAGGUAAAACGAUCACUUUGGAGGUAGAGAGCUCAGACACUAUUGACAAUGUCAAGGCCAAGAUUCAGGAUAAAGAGGGUAUCCCACCAGACCAGCAGAGGUUGAUUUUUGCUGGAAAACAACUUGAAGAUGGAAGGACACUUGCUGAUUAUAACAUUCAAAAGGAGUCAACCCUUCACUUGGUUCUCCGUCUUCGUGGUGGGAUGCAAAUUUUUGUGAAGACUCUUACGGGAAAGACUAUCACAUUGGAGGUUGAGAGUUCAGAUACCAUUGAUAAUGUGAAGGCAAAGAUCCAAGAUAAGGAGGGUAUCCCACCAGACCAGCAAAGGCUUAUCUUUGCUGGCAAGCAGCUUGAAGAUGGGAGAACUCUCGCUGACUAUAAUAUCCAAAAGGAAUCUACCCUUCACUUGGUGUUGCGUUUACGUGGUGGGAUGCAGAUAUUUGUGAAGACCUUGACUGGAAAGACAGUAACAUUGGAGGUUGAAAGCUCGGACACCAUUGAUAAUGUGAAGGCAAAGAUCCAGGACAAGGAAGGGAUCCCUCCAGACCAGCAGAGGUUGAUUUUUGCUGGGAAGCAGCUGGAGGAUGGGAGGACUCUGGCAGACUACAACAUCCAGAAGGAAUCCACCUUGCAUCUUGUUCUUCGCCUUCGUGGUGGCUUUUAAGUUUAGAAGUGAUGCAGCAGUCUGGGUGUUUGGUUCUUCAAUGAAUUGUUUUUGCUUAUUGGCCAAUGUUUUAAGCGUUCUAAGUGUCUUCUGAAACUUAUUUUAGGUCAUGGUUUGGUUUAUGGUUGUCGUGCUUACUCCUCUCGUACUCAGUUUAUUGUAAUAUGGAUCUUUGUUCGCAUGUUUCUCAUGUGGUUAAAUUCUCUGUUUCUUUAUUGAGAUCA